UACAUGCGUUGUGCCGUUUGGUAGUCUUUACUUUGAAUAAGGGCAGAGUGCGGGGAACCGAGUUGGGACAGUUAUUUCUAGUUUAGGGCUUCUGAGCCAGGAGCCAGGAGCCAGGACAGAGGCGUGCGGGGCGGGUAGAGGUUUCUGGCCCGCCCGCCCCACGCACCGGCACCGUGUGCGGGUCAGUCCGAUUCUUUCCCGCAGCCGGGGAGAAUCGCAGCGCGAGCCGAGGCCCCCGGCGUGCACCCCGAAGGCCGCAAGCGCGGCUCCCCACCGCCGCCCGGCUGCUGCGGGCGACUCCACUCUGGGCGCGCGGGAGAGGGAGGGAGGCUCGGCGGCCAGGCGGAAAGCCGCGGGCUCGAGGGACAGCCACCCCUCCGCGAAACCUCGAGUGGGCGAGUCCGAAUGCGCGGAGCAACAUCGGCGGCUUCCGGUUCCUAGGACAGCUGCGCCGGAAGCCAGGGCUGGAGCUGCGGCCCAGUCUGCCCUUGGACUGGUUUUCUCCGCAGUCGUCUGCCCCGGGCCGGGCGCUGGAAUCCCACAGACUCGCAGGACCUUCAAGGAGCCGCCUGUGCCCGGGGGUCGCCGGAACUCAGACGUCCCAUCAUAGUGUGACCUGGCCGGGUCGGAGGGAGCACCGUAGUACGCGUGAGACCCUGCGGAGGAGGGCUUGGGACAAUGGACAUGAAAUUCCAUUGGAUUAAUUUGUCAAAGACAAACACAAACUCAUCCAUCCUUGUGCCUGGUGAAGAUUACCAACUGUGAUUCAGUACCACGAUUUGGGAUCUCAUUGGUGUUGCUGUGGGUAUAUCGGGAAUGCGGUUUCUAGAUGCGUCCCCCACAUUUUACUUCCUUGGCUUAUCCGUUCCCCUGGUGAUGAAGCCCCUACACAGCCUCCCACUCCCUGUCACAACACACAGCGCUGGGGUGAAAAUCUUUAUACCCACCUCCUUCCUCAGCUUUUGAUACAAUUUCAAGAUGCUGACUUGGGCUUCCCUUUGAUAAUCCUCGAAUCAAUUGGUGUCUGACACGGCCAGAUUGACCUUGGUGAGGUCCUGACCUUUCUUGAGCUGUGUUUAUUUUUGGUCAGUUGUGAUUCUGGUUCCCAGAUGCUCUUGGCAAACAGUCUUUUGUGUUGCCAUCUUUUUGCUCAUCUCAUAGGCUCUGUGGUUAAUUUUCCUGCUUCCUGUCAUCAUCGUUGCUGUGUGCUCAUUCCAACCACUCCUACUGGCUACUUCCUUUUCCUGGUGAGAUGGUGGCCUGGUAAGCUGGUCCAGAGUGCAGUGAUGCAUCAUGCUUCAGAGAAGGCUCUGGAACCAGACUGCCCGGCUUCAGUUCCCAGGUCCUCCACUUCCCAGCUGCGUGACCUUGGGCAACUCAUUUAAUCUCUGUGUGUCUCAUUUUCUCAUCUGUAAAGCAGAGGCCACCAUGGAGCAGUGUGCGAGCGUGGAGAGAGAGGUGGACAAGGUCUUACAGAAGUUCCUGACCUACGGGCAGCACUGCGAGCAAAGCCUGGAGGAGCUGCUGCACCACGUGGGCCAAUUGCGGGCCGAGCUGGCCAGUGCAGCCCUCCAGGGGACCCCUCUCUCAGCCACCCUCUCCCUGGUGAUGUCCCAGUGCUGCCGGAAGAUCAAAGACACUGUGCAGAAACUGGCUUCGGACCACAAGGACAUUCACAGCAGUGUCUCCCGAGUGGGCAAAGCCAUUGACAGGAACUUUGACUCUGAGAUUUGCGGUGUAGUCUCCGAUGCAGUGUGGGACGCGCGGGAGAAGCAGCAGCAGACCCUGCGGACGGCCAUCGUGGAGCACCUGUACCAGCAGGGCAUGCUCGGCGUGGCCGAGGAGCUGUGCCAGGAGUCAACGCUGAAUGUGGACUGGGAUUUCAAACAGCCUUUCCUGGAGUUGAAUCGAAUCUUGGAAGCGCUGCACGAACAAGACCUGGGGCCGGCAUUGGAGUGGGCUGUCUCCCACAGGCAGAGCCUGCUCGAGCUCAACAGCUCCCUGGAGUUCAAGCUGCACCGACUGCACUUCAUCCGCCUCCUGGCCGGCGGCCCCGAGAGGCAGCUGGAGGCCCUCAGCUACGCCCGGCACUUCCAGCCCUUUGCGCGGCUGCACCAGCGGGAGAUUCAGGUGAUGAUGGGCAGUCUGGUGUACCUGCGCCUGGGCUUGGAGAAGUCGCCCUACUGCCACCUCCUGGACAGCAGCCACUGGGCCGAGAUCCGGGACACCUUUACCCGCGAUGCUUGUUCCCUGCUGGGGCUUUCUGUGGAGUCGCCCCUCAGCGUCAGUUUUGCCUCCGGCUGUGUGGCGCUGCCUGUGCUGAUGAACAUCAAAGCUGUGAUUGAGCAGAGACAGUGCACAGGGGUCUGGAGUCAUAAGGACGAGUUACCGAUUGAGAUCGAACUAGGCAUGAAGUGCUGGUACCACUCGGUGUUCGCCUGCCCCAUCCUCCGCCAGCAGACCUCUGAUUCCAACCCCCCCGUCAAGCUCAUCUGUGGCCACGUUAUCUCCCGAGACGCACUCAGCAAGCUCGUUAAUGGAGGAAAGCUGAAGUGUCCCUACUGUCCCAUGGAGCAGAACCCAGCAGAUGGGAAACGCAUCAUAUUCUGACUCCGGCCUGGAAGGAACUUUGUUUUCCAGGGGUUUUCACCCAUGAGCCUUGCUGUCUCACAGAGGUGUUUGUGCUAAAUGGAUUGUGGUUCUCUGCAGAGCAUUGGUUGUGUGCUACCACGGGCAGGGGCCAAGGAGGUUGAUGAACCAACCUGCACCGGGCAGCCAGCUCCUUGGCUGUGAGGGUGAGAUGCUGGCCUCUGCAAUCCUGCUGUCUCCGUUUAUAUUUGUCACUGACUUGGCAGCAGCAGACGUCUUCCAUCCCUGCCCUCAGCCAGUUCCUACUGCCACGCAGUGCCGUGCCCACUCCUCUCACUGUACAGCCUCACAACUGUAUGUAUCCAUCGCCCACUGUAAAUAGUCUGGGUUAGAACUGAAUGCUAUUGUUUUAUAGCUUUCAGCAAGUACAUUCACAGGCCUUCUUCCUUGCCUGCCUUUAGCUUCACUGACAAAGAAUUACUACCUAUCCACUGCACAUAGGUAAUGGCUUGGCGCCUGUUGCUGGGAGAACGUGGCAGCCAGUGCCCAGUCAGGCAGAACCCAACCUACGUCUCUGGUUGGGUGAAAAAGCUGGGAGAUGUCAGUCUCUGGGCAGGGUGCUUUUAUAUAUACAUACAUAAAAUAUCAUUUCCCGCAUAUUAGAAAUCAUUGCAGGGCGGUUGGGAAGAUGAAAUGACUUGCCCAACAGGGCUCACAGCUUAUAAAGGAGAGAGAUUGGGGUUUAAAGCA